CGCUCCUCCUCCUUCCCUCCCUCCGUCCCUCCCUCCACCCGCCUCGGCCCUUGAAGGGGCUGGAGGAGCGGCGAGGCGGGCGCGAUGGCUCGAGCCCGGGCGGCGUCGGUGGCGGCGUCGGUGGCGGCCGUGGCCGGAGGCGGCGGCGCCUCCUCCUGCUCGCCCCGGCGGUGAUCGGCGCGAGCUGCCCGGUGCCUCCCGAUGAGACUGUUGGCGGGCUGGCUGUGCCUGAGCCUGGCGUCCGUGUGGCUGGCGCGGAGGAUGUGGACGCUGCGGAGCCCGCUCACCCGCUCCCUGUACUUGAACAUGACGAGUGACCCCGGCGGGCCGGCGGCGGCCGCGGGCGGCGGCAGGAAGGAGACCCACCAGUGGUAUGUGUGCAACAGGGAGAAGCUAUGUGAAUCCCUGCAGGCUGUCUUUGUUCAGAGUUACCUUGAUCAAGGAACGCAGAUCUUCUUAAACAACAGCAUUGAGAAGUCAGGCUGGCUGUUUAUCCAGUUAUAUCAUUCUUUUGUGUCAUCUGUUUUUAGCCUGUUUAUGUCUAGAACAUCUAUCAAUGGAUUGCUGGGAAGAGGCUCAAUGUUCGUGUUUUCACCGGAUCAGUUUCAGAGACUGCUGAAAAUUAAUCCAGACUGGAAAACCCAUAGACUUCUUGAUUUAGGUGCUGGCGAUGGAGAAGUCACAAAAAUCAUGAGCCCUCACUUUGAAGAAAUCUAUGCCACUGAGCUUUCUGAAACUAUGAUAUGGCAGCUUCAGAAGAAGAAAUACAGAGUGCUUGGCAUAAACGAAUGGCAGAAUACAGGAUUCCAGUAUGAUGUCAUCAGCUGCUUGAAUUUGCUGGACCGCUGCGACCAACCCCUGACUUUGUUAAAGGAUAUCAGGAGUGUCCUGGAGCCGACGAGGGGCAGAGUCAUCCUUGCCCUGGUCUUGCCCUUUCAUCCCUAUGUGGAGAACGUAGGUGGCAAGUGGGAGAAACCAUCCGAAAUUUUGGAAAUCAAGGGACAGAAUUGGGAAGAACAAGUGAAUAGCCUGCCUGAGGUUUUCCGCAAAGCUGGUUUUGUUAUUGAAGCGUUCACCAGACUGCCAUAUCUGUGCGAGGGUGACAUGUACAAUGACUACUACGUACUGGAUGAUGCUGUCUUUGUCCUCAAACCUGUGUAAACACGUGGAGGCCCGCGUCUUCAGAGCCUGCCCAGUGCACGCUCGAGGACAGGGCCUGGGUCCACGCUGAUGUGAGGGGAGGGCCUUUGGAGACUGCCAUUCUAAAUACCACGUAGGGACUUGCAGACCAAAAUACUAAUUAUUUCUUUGUAGUGUGUAAAAGGAAUGUUUUUUUAAAAAACAGAAACCCAACUCUGGAUUUUUAAUCAAUUCUUAACUCAGAGUCACACUCCAAUGCAGGUCACACUCCAGUGAUGAUGGAAGAUAUUUUUUAUACUUAAUUGCCACAGGGACUCAUUCCCAGACAAAGCAAUAGUCAUGACUUCAUGGAACCAAUAAGCGGAUUGUCUUUAAUACAAACGAAGACUGGCAACAAAGCUGCCGUUCAGUUCCAAGUAUUGGUUAUAAGGUAUAGCCGCGGUUGUGCUCUCAUGUUUAGAAAUUCUGUUAUUAUUCAAGAAAGUGUUUUUAAUCAUGCUAAUAAACUUUUUUGGAGAUGA